CCGGCUGACGGGAUAGAGGCUAGCCGGGGCAGGAGCCUUGGAGGGGACAUUUAUGGGAAGAGCGGCGGGUUGGUAACGUUGGGUAGCCAUUGUUAUGGUGGAAAGGGUGAACAGAAUAGGAAUAGCUUUGCUAUCGGGUCUGGUAGGAGAGAAUGAUGGAGAUGAAAAGGGAAGAAGGAGGAGGAGAAGGUCAGAAGGAAAAGGAAGAAGAAUUUAUAGCCUUCGCCGGGGAGUCUUCCCUCCGGCGGGAAGGUGUUGGGCGACGAGGAGGAGGCGAGUCCAUGAGACUCGGAAGAAUGUGAGGCAUGACAGAGGACCAAUUGGGCAUCUCGGAGUCCUUCCUCCCCCUCCUCUUCCCUCCCUCCCUUCCCUCUCUCCUCCGUCUUCCUCCAAUCUGAACUCUCCGGGCCCCCUUUGCCCCUCGAUUGCUGCUCGCCAAUUCGCCCCUCAUCCCGAAUCAACCCCGCUCAGAGUGGGAAAAGAGAGAGAAAAGAAAUUGAAGGGACUGGUCCAGCCCCUCUCCCCUCCAGCUAUCCUCCACUCGGACUCCGUUCCGCUUUCCCGUGGCCGUGCAGUCAUUGUCUUAGUUAUGGUCGGUGGACGGGGAGAGAAAAGAUAAAAGGGGAGGCAAGAGAGCCCAGAGGGAAAGAAAAGGAAAGGUUGUGGAAUAUCUUGUUUGUCUGUCAAAGACUGGAUGUUUUACAGUGUCUCCCCUCUUCUCUACCCAUCCUCUCCGUCUGUUUCUGCUAUUAAAAAAAAAAAAAAAAAAACGUCUCGUCCUCCUGGUGUUUUUUCUUUCUUUUCCUAUCCGACCCCAGCCAUUUCCGGGGGCUGGGUGGCUGGGGAAUCUUUGGUGGUCGUUAGAGAUGCGAAUUGAGGCUUAUUCGACUCGAAAUGACGAUGAUAAGAGAGUUGCGUGAC